GCAUUUCGUUUCCCGCGCUGUGCGUGUGAGGAAAAAACGGCUUUUUAAAAUUAGUUUAAUCUUAAUCUCUAUUUGAUUUAAAGUUUUUAAUUAGGCUUUUAGUUUAUGUUAACGUCGUAAUAAAUUAACUACUUAAACAUUUAUUUAUUUAUUUAAUAGAAGUUAGAUAAAGUCCUGGAUAUUGCCAGGUAACCUGAGUUAACCGUUAAACUGAGGUACAAUCUUCAGGAGCCAUGCCACCGUAUCAGUACCAUCAGGUGGAGAAACUGGUGGACCAAGCUUUAAAGCACAGAAACUUUAAUGACCUGGAGGCGUUUUUACUUAAUGAAACCAAAGAUGGGGCUGCUCUAAAAUGCUCCAAACAAUUCAUCUUCAAACUGGACAAACUAGUGAACAGGGAACUGGAAGAGCAGAACGUGAAGCAUGCCUCUGUGGUGCUGACCCUUCUUCACAAAUUGGGGGACACACUGGUGUUUCCUGGUGGAGAAGGUGUUUUAGUGAUGGUGUCACAAGCACUUGUCAGAAAGAUGGUACAGUGGUUUGAGAAAGCCAGAAGAUUAUGGAUUGAGGCAGGACCACUGAGAAACGAGGCGCUAGUAAACCUAGCUGAAGACUUUUUUGAUGCGUUGAUGGUUGUGUAUAAAAGCUGCAAAGAUGGUACAUAUCAAGUAACAGAAUCCUUGCUUUAUCCUAUUGGCAAACUGGCCUCUGAUGCUCAAGUUAACAUUAUGAUCCAAAAAGAGGCAGUAAGGAAACUGAAUCUAAUUCUGGGAAAGAUACCAACAGAACUGAAGAAAGAGAAGAAGCUUUUGUCAUCACAGGAGGCAUCAAGUGUGAUGCAUUAUUUGGCUUGUAGAAUUCUUAAAGGAGGAGAUUAUGAUCUGCAGGUGGCAUUGAUGGAGGCUUUGUGUAGGAUGACUCCACGUGCCCAACGUAGGGAGAUGGCUGACCGCUGGUUUAGGAUGGAAUUUGUAGCUACUGCAUUCAGCCAGAUCAAGGAUUCAGAGUUCGAGACUGAUUGUCGAAAAUUUUUAAAUCUUCUAAAUGGAUUGCAAGGUGAUGGACGAAGUGUGUACUCAUAUCCUUGUCUGGAGGUGUUUUUGGACAAGCAUGCUUUGUUUAUGCCUGUGGAUGAGAAUCUUCAUGAGUUCUGGAUUGACUUUAACCUGGAAAGCCAGAGCAUCUCUUUCUACUUCUGUUUAGCUGAUGACCAGCAGGAGGGCCAGUGGGACACUUUGUGCAUAGCGGAAAAUGAAAUCCACAGUUACACAGUGCAAGAGGAAAAAGAUGUGAAGGUUCUGCAGCUGAUUCUGAUUGAACCGGUGUGCCUGACCAAUAUCGAAGGCUACAGACUCACCAUCCACUUCAGUUCCUCAUUAGAUAUUCUUGAGGCCACCAAAAAAGUCUAUGGCGAGACUAAAAAUAAAAAGUUUAUUGGGAAGACCACAACAUCUGUUGUAAAAACCACUGUUCAAAUUAUUCUGGAUGAAGGGGGAUCACAGGUUCUUUUUCCUGAGAGUCAGGGAUCCUCUCAGUUAAUGGAGAAGACAGCCGCUUCAGUAAAGAAUGGCACGCAUUGUCAGUCAUUGAAAACUCAUGAGAAAGAUGCACAACGUGUCAGCCAGCAGAUGAUAACUCCAUUAAGGAAAAAAGUGUCGGAGUCAUGCAUGUAUGUGUCUGACAGUGCAGGAAGGAAAGUGGGCAAAAGCCCUUUCAGCUGUGUACUGCCUGUCUCUACCCCAUGUGGAAAAGCAAAAGUGAAGCCAGCUUUAGAAAUGGUGGCCUCCACAGAGAAGAAAAAAAUGUUUGAUCUAAGAGAACAUUUAAUUGCCAAAUCAUCCAACAGUGUAGCCUCAAUUACAGCCACCCCAAAGGUUAAACCUACAACACUUACUGCUGAGCAAUUUCAAGCUGGUCAGAGUGCAAAUAAAAAACAAGACAGGAAAGACAACAAGCGGCACAUCCCUGUAGAGAAAGUACUGGAGAUGGUGCACACUGACGAAGAGUAUCAGGAAGAGGCUUUGGAUCCCAGCAUUGUUCCUGAUUCCCAGCCUGUCAUGCAAAACAAAACCUCUCUAUUACCAGGUCUGAGCCAUAUAGUAAAUAAGAGGAGAAUUUCUGUGUCUGGGUCAUUGGUGUCCUGUCAAAGUGAGUCUUCGCAUCAGUCCAAAUCAGAGUGUUUUCAGCAGUCAUCUUCUGCCCAGUGUGGUUCUGGAAAAUUGUCACAUAAGCAGCUUCAUACUGAGCUUACACAGAGACUGGAGCAGAUUGUGAGGGCGCGAGAGGAGCAGGGGCAACACCCAACAGAGCCCAAAGUUACUGGGAACCUUCCUAAGUCUAUAAUAGACCAUCAAAAACCCACACAAGUUCAAGCCAGUAUGAGCACUGAAUCAUCUCGGAGUGUACAGGCUGUGGAACAUGUGACUGACACGAGUAAAAAUACAAAGGCCUCAAAAGCAGCAGCCAGUAUGGUGAAACAGAUACACAGCCAUUAUAAAAGCACUGCUUUUAGUAAAGCUACAUCACAGCAGGCCUCUCAGUUUAACAUUGCACUAACUAACAGACACAGUUUCACAAAGAGUUGGUGUCCAAAUUCAGUUGUAAAGAUACCUGCUAAUACACCUGGUGGCUUUCUGAAGUCAUGCGAUCAAAGCAAGAAGAUAAAUAAUAAGGAUGAUGUUUAUCAAUUCAGUGUGGAUCAGCCAGAGCCUAGUGAGAAAAACAAGAGGUCUUCUGAAAAGCCUAAAAGGGAAAGCAGUGUGUGCAGCAAUUCUCUUAUACUGUCCAGCUCAGCUAAGAAGUGCCCUCCUGCAAAGCCUACUGGUCGUGCUGUGAAAAAGCACCUUUUUAGUGACACUGACACAGAUUACAUGACAGAGGUUAGUUGGCUAAAAUCAGCCAACAGAAAACCCAAGCCUAAAGUGGCAGACUACACAAGGCAACCGGUUAAGCCCACUCGUCAACCUGACAUCACAUCUGAUACUCCAAAUGCAGCUGUGGCUUCACCAAAGGCUGUAAAAGCUUUGCCUAAACUGAAGAGGAAGAGGCAAAAGAAGGUGGUGGAGAAGGUAGUUGAGAAAAGUGAGGAUGUUGCGAGCAGGAAGUCCACAGGCAGACCCCAAAGAAUCGGAGCUCUGACCAAGUCCUACAAAGAGCCAUCUGACUCAGAGAGCCUGUCAGAGACAAAUGAACCACCUCCAGCUAAGAAGUUAAUUCAACAGCCAGAGAAGCCUCACCGAACAGCUCUUCAGGACAAAUCUGCAACUGAACAUAAUGUAAAAAUUAAGAAUCAACUAAUGUUGAAGAUGGGCCAAAAGGCACUGAAUAAGAGAAAGAAGAAAGUUUUACCUAGUCCUGAACCGCGGACGGAAAAGAUGAUUAUUCCAGAUAGUCUAGAAUGCAGCAAAAUACAGAAAAAGAUUGUGUCCCCUCAGCGUUCUUUCCACCUUUCUCCGCCCUCAUCUGACAAAAUUAAGUCAGACAAGAGCACUGAGUUGACUAGAUCUCCUCUCACGUUCAUACAUCCUCUUUCCAAGAAAUCAACAACCAAAAAACCUAAGAAGCCCCAGAAACUUCAGCCUGCCUUUGUUAAAGCUUUCGAAGCAGAAAACAUAGAGAACUUAAAUGAACAACCAGAGAAGGAAAAUAAACGACCAGGAGAAACCACUCAUUCUGAACCAAAGAAUAAGAAAUGUUCCACUUAUUUGGAAGCAGCAAAUCACCAUAAAGAUUCCUGGUUUUCCAAAUAUGCCUCUACACCUUCUCCGUUCUCUAUUGAGAAGAUGAGAUCUGCAGAGAAAAAGGUGUCCAUACCCAGAUCUCCCUCGACACCCCUUCAGCCACUGUGCAUAUCUCCUGUUGGUCCUGUUUCUUCCCCUCUGGAACCUCCUAGCCAUCUAAAAGGGAUCCAAGCUUCUUCCUUCUACAAGUCUUCAGGAGGACGGAAUAGUGUCAAAUCUAUGUCUCGCCCUCCUUUAACCCCUGCUGCUAAGAAGCAACGAGCUGCAGAGGAUGUUGAGCAAGGUCUGGCUUCCUUCGUGGUACACCCCCUCAUUGCUUCCACAGGUAAGGAGAAACACUCCUCACCACUCAACACUCCAGCCUUAGAGGACGACCUUAGAAGCUUGCUAAACAGUGCCAGCCAAGGUGUUUUGCAGACGUGCUUUGACAAAGAGUCUGUCAUUUCCUUGGUGACCCUGAGUCAGUCCUCUCACACAUCUGUAAACAUAGAUAUGAUCUUCACUGAAUAUGAGAAAACACCAGAAUCUAAGCAAGGAGGCCAGAAUGGGGAAGCUCAAUCAGGUCCGACCACUGCUCAGAAACGACAUAGCUCAUGCAACUCCACCAGUCUGUCCGAGCAAGAGGACAGUGACGAAGAAGAGAGGAAGGUGGGGCCAAGAGAAUUCGCCACCAGAAUGAAGCCAAGAAAGCUGUUUAAGUUUACUGACAAGCCGUGCUCUAUGAGAAAAGACGCUAGAGAACCUAUUCUACAUGACAGCAGUUCUGAGGAAGGGGAUGAAGAUAAAGCCUUGGUAGCUGGGAGUGUACAAAUGCGCUCCACGGUCUCAACCAAAAUGGUAUCGAGCUGUUAUGAGGCAAGUGGGGGGGCUGAUACGGAUCCUGAAGUAAGCACUUCUCAGGAGAUGGGCUACGUCUGUCACCAGUUUAGCUCAGAACUCAAGCGGAAGUUUGAGAACCGCUACAAGAGAAUGGAUGGCUUUACCAAGCAGUCCCUAAAGAUGUGCAAACAACUUGUUUCCUCCAUCAGCUUGAAAGUGCACAAGUACAGGUCUCAGAAGCUGGAGACAGUGAAGCGGGUUCUGCUCGAUGAAAUUAAAAGCUUGGAGCAAGAUGACACUGCCCUGCGCAAAAUGGAGGAGGAACUGACCACCUACUGGAAGAAGCAAGCUCUAGCGUUACAUGCAUACCAGGAGAGAGGAACCCAAAGGCUAAAACACUUGAAGAGCACUAUUGAGACUAAUGUCUGUCAUAGUGUGGAGUAUGAAGAGCGGAUCUUCUCCUCACAGAUGCAUUUGAUGAAGAAAGACAUGAAAUCUGUCCAGGAUCGCUUAUUUAAACAGAUGCAUGAGGAAGAGUUGCUGAGUGUGCGCAGAGGACUGCAGACCUUGUUCUUCUCUGAUGUCUUUUAAAUCAAAAGAAAGAGCUUGAGGACUUUCUGGUUAAGUCAUUUUCUGGGUCUUUUACAAGUUUUUGGAUAAUAUAGACUUAAUAUAAGGUUACUUUAAACGAUCUUAUUUUAAACGUUGAAUACUGAAUUAGUUUUAUUGUAAUUUUAUUAAUGAAUAAUUUAGCUAGUUCUGUUGGACAGUUAAUUAUUUAGUGUUACCUAGCUAUAAAUACACAUACACUGA